GCUUUUGAUCGAUUACAGUCUAGUUCCAUAUUGGUUACGGCGAUCGGAGAGCUCUGACGGCACCGGUGACUCACCACCACUGAAGCCUUCGCAGAUCCAAUUUUGGAGGAAUCGACUCCAAACAAAUCUGUGGAUGAAACGAAUAAUCACAGAUUUCUGAAUGGCGACCCCAUUUUUGACUGGACUUGCAGUAGCUGCGACUGCACUUGCGGGUAGAUAUGGAAUCCAAGCGUGGCAAGCAUUCAAGGCAAGACCACCAAGGCCCAAGAUUAAGAAAUUCUACGACGGUGGUUUCCAGCCUACGAUGACAAAAAGAGAAGCUGCUCUCAUUCUUGGCAUCAGGGAGAACGUUCCUCCUGAGAAGGUGAAGGAAGCACACAGGAAAGUGAUGGUUGCAAACCAUCCAGAUGCUGGUGGUAGCCAUUUCCUUGCCUCUAAGAUCAAUGAAGCUAAAGACGUGAUGCUCGGCAAAACUAAAGGCAGCGGAUCCGUAUUUUGAUGCAUAUUUAUAUCAAAGACUCCGUUAGAAUCAUCUAUCAUCUCUGUCUUUUUUAAUUGUUGUUAUAGAAUUGCAUUGUUAUAGUGAAAAUUUAAUAAGCUUUGUGGUCUCUUUGUGACAUACUGACAUUAAAGACUCGAAUCUUUUCUUCA